GUGCAGAUUGGGUGCCACACUGAUAAUUUAGUUAAUCUCAAGGAAUGGAAGCGUCCCCCAGUUGUAACAAGACGGUUUCGCGUGCAGAGGGAGAAAAUGGAGAUCUCCAGUUUGUGGGGAGGCCUCCUGUACAUUAUUGUACCAAAGAAUUCUUCUUUAGGCUACUUCUCUGUCACCAUCGAAGGGGCCACCCAUGCUCCUUAUUUCAAGCAUGGUGAAACCAGCAUCCAGGACUGGCAAGAUACUAUCCGCCACUAUCCCACUCCCUGGGCAGAACUUGAAACUGAAAAUAUCAUCCUCACACUGCCAUCAGAUGCUGUACGUAGUCAUGAUGGGAUCACUUUCCUACUCCAAACCUGGGAUCAGAUGAUGAGGGCCAUCGCCCACUUAUCAGCCAUCCCUCCUGUUUUUCCCAGACCAGAGAGGAUUGUGGUAGAUGUUCAAAUAUCAGCAGGUUGGAUGCACGCUGGCUAUCCAGUCAUGAGUAAUGUAAAUGCCCUACCUGAGAUCAUAGAUGUGCAAGCUUUCUAUGCCAAAGGAACCUGGGCCCCAAUCCACGAACUGGGUCAUAACCAGCAGAAAAGUGGGUGGAAUUUCCCACCCCACACCACAGAAGCCACCUGCAACCUCUGGUCUGUUUAUGUCAAUGAGACUGUGCUGAGCAUCUCCCGAGAAAUAGCCCAUUCGGAGCUUCAACCGCAUGCAAGAAAGGAGAGGAUUGAGAACUACAUUAGAAAUGGAGCUAAUCUGAGUGGCUUUAAAGGGUUCACUGCACUGGAACCCUAUUUGCAGCUGCAGGAAGCCUUUGGUUGGGACUCCUACAUCCACAUUUUAGCAAAGUACCAAACGAUGAGCAACAUCCCACAUGACAACACAAAAAGGAUGAACCUGUGGGCAGAAACCUUCUCUCAGGAAGUCAACAGAAACCUCGGUCCUUUCUUCAUAACCUGGGGUUGGCCCAUUGAGGACAAAAACUCUGACUUAAUUACUGAAUAA